GAGGAGAGAGAGGAGAGAGCGUAUGAAGUGGCAGUGAUGUGAGGGAGACUGAAGAGGUACCGAGGCAGAGCACAGGAAGGAUGAGCGUCAGCGAUGGGAGGAAGGAUAAACUCAGCCCACUGCUCAGCGCUGCCGUCGCCACCAGCGCAGUCAGCAAUGCCUGCUGGGAAGGAAAGAAGCCCUCCACUCCGAACAGGAAAACACCGAAGCCCCAGAACGCCAUCACCAUAGCGGUGUCAUCGCGGGUGCUGUUCAGCAUGGAGGAACAGCAGCUGAUCCACCAGCAGAGAGGCCUGGAGGAAUACCUGCAGCACCAGAUGGAGCACGAGACGGAGCCGUUUGCCCCGGGCCCUGCCUUCUCCUUUGUAAAGGCUCUGGAGGCGGUGAACGCCAGGCUGAGAGAACUGUACCCAGACAGCGAGGAGCUGUUCGACGUUGUGCUCAUGACCAACCACCACGCUCACGUUGGCCUGAGACUCAUCAACACCAUCAACCACCACGAUCUGUUCAUUGAGCGUUUCUGUAUGACAGGAGGGAACAGUCCCAUUGGCUACCUGAAGGCCUAUCACACCAACCUGUACCUGUCAGCUGACCCUGUGAAGGUCCGCGAGGCGCUGGAGGAAGGGAUCGCAGCGGCCACCAUGUUCACCCCAGAGAAGCUGACGGUCGUGUCAGAGAGCCAGCUCCGCGUGGCCUUUGACGGUGAUGCCGUUCUCUUUUCUGAUGAGUCGGAGCGCAUCUACAAGGCUCACGGACUGGACAAGUUCUUUGAGCAUGAAAAGGCCCAUGAGAACAUGCCCCUUGACCAUGGGCCACUGAAGGGUUUCCUGGAAGCUCUGGGGAAGCUACAGAAGAAGUUCUAUACCAAAGGUCAACGUCUGGACUGCCCCAUCCGUACCUACCUGGUGACGGCCCGCAGCGCCGCCAGCUCGGGGACCCGGGCCCUGCGAACGUUGCGGGCCUGGGGACUGGAGGUGGACGAGGCUCUGUUCCUGGCCGGGGCCCCCAAAGGCCCGAUGCUGGAGAAAAUACGGCCGCACAUCUUCUUUGACGACCAGAUGUUCCAUGUAGAGGGGGCGGCAGAGCUGGGGACUGUGGCCUGCCACGUGCCCUAUGGGGUGGCUCAGACCCUCCCAGCUGGGGUGGCUCAGACCCUCCCAGCUGGGGUGGCUCAGACCCUCCCAGCUGGGGUGGCUCAGACCCUCCCAGCUGGGAAGCCUGCCAGGGAGAAGGACUCCAGCCCCAAGGAGCCAGGACCCCGUCCACCCUCCCCCGCACGGGACAAUGAAUAGACGUCAAAACACAAUGUUUCUGUCUAUGCUUUUCUCGUUCCCCAUUCUGCAUGACUGUAAGGCAGCAUGAGGUGAUACCUGUCGUGACUUGUACAUCAGCGCUGGCUGUGGGCCAUCUAGAGACAACACUGUGCGCUUGGUUGAUGUAACUCAACAUUGCAGAUGGUGGUGUAGGUCCUAUGGAUGGUCAGCCAUUAGUACCUUCCUUUAGAACAUAUACAUUUUCAUUUUGUACACUAGUUAUGUGGUUCUUCUGGUGUUGAGGAACCUUUGUUGAGGAAUGAGAACAUUUUAAUCAUCCAUUAUAAUCACACGUCUGUUAAUGUCUUGUUUUUUUUUAACACAGUUUCUUCAGGAUGUUUAAAAAUGUGACCUGUUGCUUCUGUCUCUGCACAUUUUCCUGUACCUUACCUAUCCAAUAUAACUAUCUAACGAUUAACGAACCAUCACUGUAUGACAUUGAUUUUCAGCAAGCUCAGGCCCCAGGGAUGGACAGAGUUGAGUGUGAAGUUGUUUGGAUGAGCAGUUCACAAAUUAAUAUAUAUAAACUGCCUGUGGAAACCAAUCCAAACUUGUCUGCUCUGAUGUCUUUACACACUGUCUGCUCUGAUGUGUAUGGCCUUACGUUUGUUAUUUUAAAUGUACAUUUAAAUGUUUUUUAUUGUUUAAAUGUUUGUAUUGUAGUUUGUGUGUUCAAAUGUGUUUCAAUGUUUAUUAUUUGUCCAGUUUAUUCCUAUUAUUUGUAUUUUUUUUAUUAUCUCUGUUUUUCACCUGAUGCUCUGCUUCUGUAACACCUACAUCAGGGGCGUUGUUAGACAUACAACUCUAGUGGGGCACAGG